AUGGCUGAAACAAAGAAGAGUUGUACGACGACGCGUGACGGAGACGUGGUGACGGAUAGUGCAGAUACUCGUGGAUGUUGGAGUAAGAGUAUGGAUGCUGAGGAUGGGAUGUCACCGCUCAGUAACACGCCAUCGCCCUAUUAUCUACGCUUUGAAAGAAGUCUCGCUUCGUUUGAGAGGUGGCCAACGCAAAUGAAUCAGACUGCUGAAGAGAUGGGCCAUAUGGGCUUUGUCUACACUCAGGGUGCCGAUGGCGUGUACUGUGGUGUGCGGCUGAGACGAUGGGCGUGCCACGACGAUCCUUGGGUGGAACACCACAAGUGGUCCCCGCACUGUGACUACCUCAGACUAACCGGUCUGGUGAAACACAAGAAGAAGCUACAGCUACAUCUCUGCAAGGAGAAUGUGAAUCAGAGGAACACGAAUGGCGUAGCAUGA